UCUCGCAACAGCUUCCACAAUUUUCACAGAGAGUGUGCACCGUGUGUCCACUCAAAAUCUAUACUUAGGAACGAUGGCAGGUGGAAGGCAUUUUCCGCUUAUUCUUUGUACCAUUCUGAUAUUAUUCGUAAAUGAUCUGGUUGCCGACAGAAAGUUAAGCAUCACAUACAACGAACAGUGCAACAUUCCACAAUGCCAAGCCAGACCCAACCAGACAAGCUAUGUGAACCUCGUUCACGUCUCAGCGAGGGGUACGAACGAUACCAUUCACUUUCUGUGGAGUUCAAUCGGCGCCCCUUCUGUACUCGUAGUGAGAACGACAAACUUGGCUGUGCUUCAAAUUAACUGGGAGGAUUUGAUUCAGAAGAACAUGAAGACGGGCUCGAUCUCAUUCAGGCCGAAAGAAGACGUCUUCUAUGCCUCAUCUCUCAUGUUUUCUAAGUUGAUAGAAUUCAAUGACACAACCGACGAGGGGAUUUUAACCAAAGCAGAUGCGGUAAGCAUAACUGAUCUGCAGGAGAUGCAAUGGCAGAACACCAACACAACGAUGGACACCGAGCAACACAGCGCGGUACUCAACACGACGCUGGGACAGCAGUUCGGACACGGAACCUUGUCAUGGCGUCUGACUGCAUUCAGUGAGAGCAGCCGAUACGAGACCCUGCCGUACCUGCAGCACACCGAGAACAGCACACAGCUUGAUCUGACCAUGGAGAACCUGACGUCCAAGUACCCCAACUCUCGCUUCGCCGUUGAGGUCAUGGUGAUGGGUACCGGUGUGACAAAGACAGAUGGGAUUCAGCUGGAGGAGAAGAUUACCAUUGAUGAUGAAUAUACACCUGCCGUCUUUGCUACCUAUGAUCUUAAUCUACCUAGCAUACCAACUGGCAGCUACUCACAGUGGAAACCGGUCUGCUAUACAAAAACAAAUCGAGCAAUGGAAAAUGCCAGACACGUUUCUUCAUACAAACUUGAAAACGCGAUGGAUCUCCAUAAGAUGCCGAAUAAGAGUAUCGCUCAUGCGUAUUUCUCUGAGGCGAUCUUCCAACAAGCUGGCGCUGUCAACGUGUCCUUUGGCAUCGCCCAAGACGGAUUCUACAAAAAAUCUAAUUAUUCAAGCUGGUCUGUGACCGUUGGUUAUGGAGACGCUCCUCAGGAAAGCAUGUCGCUUACCGUAUAUAUUGUCAUAUCGGUAGGCGUCGGACUUCCCGUUCUUGUUGUCAUAUUCGGGGGGGCAGGAGUUUGCGUCUUAAAUCACCGUAAGAAGAAAAGGCAAACACUAGAAGUCAACUGAGAAUCGAGGUAUUGAGAUUAAUUUUCUUAUUUUGUAGACAUCUUGAGUUUGCAUUGUUGAACUGGAAUUUUAUAUCAAGUUUCACUCUUAAUUUUGUGACAGUUUUUUCUUACUUAAAGUCAAGUGCAAUGUGAUAUUGUGCAAGUCUUGCAAAUUUAAAAUGAGACUUUCCUAAUGGGGGAAAUCGAAUACUAAACAGACAAGUUCUAUUUGAACUUGCAACAUAAUGUACCAACAAUUUGGGUCCUGGGCCCUGGCAACAGUUCUGGUUGCUACAUUAAAGCAAUCACACAACAUCAGUAAAUAGUAUUGUCCAAAGGCCCACACUUUGUGUAUCACAACUUAUAUACAAAAUAACAAACCUGUGAAAAUUUAGG